AUGAGCGGAGAUACAAGGUUUCCAGAACCUGACGAAUUUGCUAUUCCUGACGAAGACACUGAUCAAGAUUUUGAUACAUUUGAUCAUUCUAGUCGAACCCCAGAAGAAGAUGCAAGUAUAGGACUUGAUGAUGAUUACAUGGACUCAAUGAGAAAUAAGUCUCGCUUUAACGGUAAGAGAGUAUGGAAUAAAAUGAAAUAUUGGUGGUGGCGACAACCAUUCCUUCAAGGACGUGAUUUUUUUAAAUCUAAUGCUGACUCCAACGGGAUUCAACUUUAUGAAUUAGAUAGUAAUGGCAAUCCAAUACAUCCUGAUGGAGAUGAUGAAUUUAAUAUGAAUGCUUUCCCCCAUUUCAGAAGCAAUCGCAGAAGGUUUACAUUCCUCAAGGGACCAAUAUUUAAAAAGAUUAUUCCUAUUCUAAUUGUAUUAUCACUUUUCAUAUUUUUGAUGGUAAAGAUAACGAAAUCAACACCUUCUUCAAAAAAUUAUUUUGAUCAUAAUUUUAGCUUUGACCCCUACAUCAAAUAUUCCAAUGGUACUAUGGAUUUUUAUCCGAUCACAAUUUUAUUAUCCAUUUCAGGGUUCCACCCUUCUUUGAUCUCGGCAAAAAACACACCAUUUUUACAUGGGUUAUAUUCUUUGGACUUGGCAGAUUCUUUAAAUAUAACGACGACUCCAUAUAUGCUUCCAAGUUUCCCCAGUGAAUCAAUUUCUAAUUUAUAUUCCAUAUUGACUGGACAAUACCCUGAAAAUCAUGGUGCUCUUCUUCUCGGUGAAAUGUUAAGAGAACGUUCAGAAGAUGAAAUGAAGGAAGAUGAAGAAUUGGGGUGGAAUUCCUACAAUAUCAGUGUGCCACUUUGGUCAAGCAUUGAAUCUGCGUAUUCAAAAUCAACAAAAGAUGCUAAAGGUAAUUUCCCAUUUAAAGUUGCUAGUAGUAAUUGGCCCAUUUUACAAGAAAUGUAUGACAAUUCCACUCUUCCUUACUAUUAUGAUGAGGAAGAUUUGAUUAUUAUUAAUGCAGAUAAGACACAGAAAAAGAAACAAGAUAAGAUUGCCAAGAAGAAGAAGAAAUAUCCUCAUAGGAUGGAUCUUGAUAAUAUUUUCCAAUAUGUGGAUAUGACAUCUAUUGAUGAACGACCACAACUAAUUUUGGAUGGUAUUAGUGAGUUACUGGAUUAUUCCUCAAUUCAUGGUUAUUCUAUUAAUGAUCCGGAAUUUGAAAGUUUGUUGAGCGAUAUUGAUGAAUUUGUGGAAGCAUUGUUUAGCAAUUUACAGGAGAGAAAUUUAUUAGAUUUUACUAAUGUGUUAAUUUUUAGUGAGAAUGGUGUUAACAGUAUUGCAUUAAAGAAAAAUGUUGUGUUUUGGGAGGAUGUAUUACCCAAGGCCAAGCAAGAAAAGUUAAUAUCACAUGUAGUGAAUGAUGAAAAGAGUUCUGCAUUUGUUGUAUUUGUGAAGAAGGAUGUCAAUAUCAAUGAAGUUUACCAUGAUAUAAAGAAGUAUUUUAAUUACACAAGGCCUCAAAAUGAUACCAGUGUUACUAGUGAGGAUCUAGCCAUGGGAAGUGCAGAUAUUAAGAAUCAUUUUAAGAUAUAUUUGAACGGUAAUUUCCCACCCUCUUUUAAAUUCAAUAAGAUUAAAAAUUUCAAUGAAUUAGAUAUGAUGAAUUCAAUUUGGAUAAUUCCGGAUUCCAAUUAUUCCAUUAUGACAAAGAGUAAAUACAAGACGAUAGGAAAGGAGAAGAGUUCCAAUAAGCUUGAAAAUAAGAAAGAGGAUGUUUACUUUGGUCAAUCUGGGAAUGCGCCUCAUGAAAGUGAUAUGAGGUCUCUAUUCAUUGGAGUUGGACCAUCAUUCCCCUCUAGUACAAAUGGUACAAUGCUACCUGUCUUUGAGAAUGUGGAACUUUAUAAUUUAAUUUGUGAUAUAUGCGGUGUUUCCAAGAAUGAUCGAGUUGCCAAUGAUGGUGACGCAAAUUAUUUCAAUGAAAAAUUUGGUGGACCCAUAGAUGAGAGUUUAUUCUACAAGGUCAGCCAUGAUGAUUUCGCACAUUUGGCCGCACAAUUCGGUAAUUACAGCACCUACAAUAUUAUGUGGGGCGGAUACCCUGCGUAUGAGGCAGAACCAGAACCAGAACCAGAAUACGAAGACGAAGACGAGGACACGGAGGAACAAGAGAAUAUAUUUACCAGUGCGACGCCCACCCCGGAGAGCACGCCUAUUCGAAGCACCAGGACCAUACAGCCCUCCAGCACUACCACCAGCACCAAAACCACCUCUGCCGCAAGCGAGCCCGUCAUGGACCUCAUCGACGCAGGGAUGAGCUGGUGGAACGAACUGCUCGACGAUGGCAAGGAGUUGCUUAAUAGUGUCAUCGAGGACCUGGUGGACUGA